AUGGGAGCGGGAGCAGAGGACGAAAAACCUUCGGAGCUUCUUCUAAAAUGCUUGGACAAUGGCCGAGUCGACGUGCUCUGCUCGAUUCUUUCACAAAUGAAAAACAAGCCGGAUUUCCACGAUCAAGUUGAUGUGCUGUGUUGCAAUGAGGGAACACUUCUUCACCGUGCCGUUGAAUUAGACUCUGCCGAUUUUGUUAGUGCUCUGCUGUCGAACGGUACCAACCCAUGUGUGCAAAAUGAAGAGGGAAGGACACCGUUCCAAAUGUGCAAGUCAGACGUUGUGCGGAACGCUUUCGUUCAAGAAGCGCUUCGUGCCAUCACAUUGUCAAACAAUGGCCGACUUUGCCAACUUAUUUCAUCUGGUCUAUCGGUUGAUUCCAUUGACUCAAAGCAGUCGCGCAAUACUUUGCUGAACUGGGCAUCGGAUUUCUCAACAGUAGAUAUUGUCAGAACUCUGUGUGACGGUGGUGCGAAUGUAAAUCUCCCUAAUGCUAAGGGCGAAACUCCCCUUUUCACAGCUGUUCGUCGCGGUGAUGAGCAAAUUGGAGAGGACGCUUUUUCAAUCGCUUCAGCUAAAGGAGGAGUACUUUUACCUCUACUCAGUAUGGACAAAUUGGCAAGAACUGUACGCCGAACUCAGUCGAUCGAAUCUGUGGAUUAUGAUCGCGCUUCAAUCGUAUCUUCAGAAGCUAUCUCCUCGCAGCUUUUUGCAGAUAAGGCUGAGAAAUAUCCAGAAGGUAAACCGGAGUCAUGGACUGACUUGAUAUGGCCGCAGCCGAAGUUGAUUCGAGUAUAUGAAACUAGUAAAGGAUUCUCUUUCCCGAAAGACAACAGAUUGAAAAUCUACUUCUGUGACGCAUCCAGUGGUUGUCCUCGCAGAAUGAUGCAAGCAAUACAAAUCAGUGCCCCUUUGCUUUCGAACAUUGGGCUUGAACUGGACUACCGCGGUCACAAGACAGCUGAUCACGAUCGCUCUUCCCUGGAUGGUAAAGUGACAUGUGGUAUUUUUUCUGAUGGACGUCCGUCAGGAUCCUAUGCACUAAAUAUCGAUUCGCGUGGUGUAGAAAUCGUCGGUAGCGACUACUGCGGUAUUCGUUAUGCCUUCGCGACUUUCGUACAAAUCAUUCGCCUUCAGAAGUUUGCAUCUCGUCGUGGUAACGAGAAUGAAACGGCAAACGCAAGUCAAAGUGGUUUCGUAAAUGGAUGGUUGCAGUCGAGUGACUCUGCGGCGAGUGGCGGUGACGUUGCGAGUGGAGUCCUUGUUUUAGGCGACACUAUUCCUUGCCUGACCGUGCGUGAUCACCCUGAUCGUCCGUUCCGAGCUAUUUUCCAGGACUUUUCUGGUUGCCGUAUUCUAAAUACAGAAACGCUCCUCCAACUUGCUACGCGUUUAUCUUAUUGUAAAGCCAACUUCCUUUUUGUGAACUUCGAAGUGCGUACAACUGACCGUUAUCAGCUACCUUAUACGAAUCGUGACUUGUUUCAUAUGAUGCAAGUUUGCGAAGAGCUUUUUGUCACGCUCGUACCCUCCCUUGACACACAAUCCAACUACAUCGAACCAGGUGCAGCUCGCGAAAUCAUUGAGCACUUCCUAGACGACUUCCCUCUCAGUAAGACUGCACACUUCGGACCCAAUCUCUCAAGUAUACUUUUUGCGCACAAAAAUGUGCUUGCCGCCAUACAACGCCGUGUGCCGAGAAUAUUCCUUUCAUCGCAUGUUGAUGAGAAGAAUUCCACUCUGUUGUCUUCGGUACCUUCCUACGUCACGUUGUGCAUUGAAGGUUGUUUUCCAUUUGAAGCAGAAGCAUUACUGUCGCCCAGAGUUUCCAUUGUGCUGAAGUUUUCAACAGGAGAUGACGGUUACUUAUGUGCUGCUCCAGAUUCCACUGCGAAAAAAGCUCUGUUGGCAGCUCGUUUAGGAGAAAAAUGCAAUGUUUUAGGUACGAUGGUUUGUGAUCUUUCCACUGGUUGUGAAGCGAUGCCGCCUUCAUUAUCAUACAUGUCGUUGCUGGCAUCAUUGGGUGUAGCCUGGAACGGGUCCUGCGAUAUGAAGAAGUUUGCUUUUCUACAACCCGCAAUAGCCGCUCAUCAUUUGCUUAUGGAUGGGGAUAUGACUGCUUUAUUCGAGCAAGCAGCUACAUUAGGGCGCGUAGAACACGAGCUCACAAAGUUUGCUUACGGAAUAUGGCGACCACCUCUCGGCAACUCGACUAUGUCUGAAGAAGGAGAUGCUCAAAUUAGUGGUUUUGGACUCAACAAAAAGAUGCCGAUUUCGGUAUUUGUGGAAAUGAUCUUGAAUCCUGAAAAUCUCAAUCUCGAACGUCUUACACCAAUUAUAUUCAAGAAAGCUAGAAUUGAAUUACGGCGCAGCUUAAUGGCUCUUGAUGCUGCUCGGAAGACAUUGCCUUAUAACUUUGAGUUGGCCUUGGUCCUGGCUGAGAUUAAGUUGGUUACUGAGUUGAUGGUGCUGACAAGCAGACUGGGACAAGCCUUAUGCAUGCAUGGGUCUAAGCCUGCACAAGGAAAGAAUCGCGACGAGGUGUUCCAUUAUUCGCCGGGACGAGUAGGAGUUGCCCACCUACCGCUGACUGUGCGAACGGAUCUUGCAAAUAGCUUGCUUGAAAUCCGCACUCAGUUUCAACAUGUGUGGUUAUCACGGUCGAUUCCAAGCACGCUGCCUAAUGCGUUGAAAAUGUUUGACAAUUUGUUCCGAUAUGAUGAGAGCAUUGUCCGGCUGGUUCUUCUUAAAACAUUGAUGGUUCUGCCAGGUAGCGACUUUGCACUCGCCAAAUGUCUCAUCGAUUCCAACCGCUUAGGAUCACAGGAGCUGAAACGAGUUCUAGACCUUGGAAGUGUACUCGAAGCCUGUGAUUUCGCCGUGUUCUGGUCGCUUAUGAAAGGAGAAUACAAGCCAAGCACGGAUAUUUCUGAGCCCUUCAAAAUUCCGCAAGAAGUGCCGCGUAUGAUAAAAGCAGUUGCUGGUUUCGAAGAAGCUAUUCGUAUUUAUGCGUGCAGAGUUAUUAGCGUAACGUUCCAAAACAUCGAGAAGUCGGUUCUGAGUCGUUUACUAGGCGGUGCCUCAGACAAGCAAGUUGCUGAGUACGCGAAAAGGUUUGGAUGGGAAGAAAAACCGGAUGGUGUUUAUUUUAUUGCCAAUCAUGAAGCGACGAUUCGUACAAGGAAUAUCGAUGAGAAGUUGCAGUUUACAAGUAAAUCCUUUACUUUCGUUCGUUUUCCUGUUGAAUUCGCGAUCCGAAUAUUGGACAUCUCUCAGCCCUUUUGUGGUGAAAGGCUUAGGUUAACAGUUACCCAUUUUCUUUGGGGCAAUCCAUCGUUGCCGAACUGUAACUCCUAUUUUCGUAGUCCCACCUCAUUAACCAGACAUCAGCGCUGUUGA